GGUGGAAAUGUGGAAUCCCUUUAAAAGAUUUAUUGAAUUCCAUUUAUGGCGAAUAAAUACCACUGCCUCCUUUUGGAACUGGAAACUCAUACCCAGUCCAAGUCGUUUCGUUGAAUUUCUUAUUACCCCAACAGAAUCUGCCAAAUUACCCCAAAUUAACUGAGAAUUUUCAGAAAUUUAGAGAAACGUUUCAAGCUUCAACCUUUUGAUGGACCCAAGAUUAUUUCUAGUAAUUUCCCUCUGUUUCCUUGUUCAAUUCUCUCAUGGAAAAGACUCAUUGUUGAAAAUGACAACCGGUCGUUCUACGGCGCCUUUUGAUCCGACCCGUGUCACCCAAAUCUCGUGGAGUCCAAGGGCUUUUCUGUAUAGAGGGUUUUUGACUGAUGAGGAGUGUGACCAUUUCAUUACUCUGGCUAAAGAUAAGCUGGAGAAAUCUAUGGUAGCUGACAAUGAUUCUGGCAAGAGUAUAGAGAGCGAAGUCCGGACAAGUUCUGGCAUGUUCUUGCAAAAGGGUCAGGAUGCAAUAAUAGCCGGUGUUGAGGAGAAAAUUGCUGCAUGGACUUUCCUCCCUGUAGAAAAUGGGGAGGCUAUGCAGAUUUUGCAUUAUGAGCAUGGCCAAAAGUACGAGCCACAUUUUGACUUUUUCCACGACAAGGCUAAUCUAGAAUUGGGUGGUCACCGGGUCGCUACUGUGCUCAUGUAUUUAUCGGAUGUGGCGAAGGGCGGCGAAACAGUUUUUCCUCACUCUGAAUUUAAAGAUAAACAACAAAAGGGUGAAGACUUGUCUGAUUGCGCCAAACAAGGCUACUCAGUGAAACCCAGGAAAGGCGACGCACUGUUAUUCUUCAGUCUCCACCCAGACGCCACCACUGACAACACGAGCCUGCAUGGGAGCUGCCCUGUCAUUGAGGGCGAGAAAUGGUCCGCAACCAAGUGGAUCCACGUCCGAUCCUUUGAAACUCCAGCGGCCAGGUCAACGAGUGAGUGCGUUGAUGAGGAUCCCAACUGCGCAUCAUGGGCUCUCAGAGGGGAGUGCGAGAAGAACCCGCUGUACAUGGUUGGAAGCAAGGACGACCCUGGUUAUUGCCGGAAGAGCUGCAAGGCUUGCUCCUCUUAGUAAAAAUGGUUUCUUGAGCUGAUUUUCAGACAAAAAAAUUGAAGCAGUUUGCGAUUUAUAUACUUGAGAAAGAAACUAAUGUACUACUUAUAUAUGAAGGAAUACAAUCAAACUUUUGUAGUGAUAA